AUGGAGAAAGGUGAAGGAGGGGAUUUCCCUCCAAAACAGGUUCAGUCGGGGUCGACGGCUUCGUCGGAUUUUCCGGCGAAAAAGCUAGCGAGGCAGCUGGAUUUUACCGGUUAUGGUGGUGCAUCGGCGGCGACUGUGGCGUUGCCGGAGCACCCUCAGCAGCCGAAGCCGACUCCGCAGGCUUUGCCGGCACCGAAGCCACUGCCACAGUUACAGCCACGACCUCAGAUACAGUCACAGCAACAGCAACUGAUACUGUUGGCACCGAUGGAACAAGCUCAGGCGCCACCUUAUCCUACGAUACGGCCCAUGAAACCGGAAUCCCCUAGAGCACGACAAAGACCAAAUGUUGAUGUAAAAGAUGGUACUCCAAAGAAGCAAAAGCAGUGCAAUUGUAAACACUCACGUUGCUUGAAGUUGUAUUGUGAGUGCUUUGCAUCUGGUGUAUACUGCGAUGGGUGUAACUGCGUGAAUUGUCAUAACAAUGUUGAAAAUGAUGCUGCCAGGCGAGAAGCUGUUGAAGCUACCUUAGAGCGUAAUCCAAAUGCAUUCAGGCCUAAAAUUGCUAGCAGUCCACAUGGAACUCGUGAUCGUAGGGAGGAGGCUGGGGAAGUUGUGUUGGGAAAGCAUAAUAAAGGAUGCCAUUGCAAAAAAUCGGGAUGCCUCAAAAAGUACUGUGAGUGCUUCCAAGCCAACAUUCUUUGCUCUGAAAAUUGUAAAUGCAUGGACUGCAAGAAUUUUGAAGGAAGUGAAGAGAGACAGGCUCUCUUCCAUGGAGAUCAUGCCAAUAACAUGGUGUAUAUCCAGCAGGCAGCGAAUGCUGCCAUCACAGGUGCUAUUGGAUCAUCUGGUUAUGGCUCCCCUCCAAUAAGCAAGAAAAGGAAAGGUCAGGAGCUCUUCUUUGGUUCAACAGGAAGAGAUCCAUCCGUUCACAGGCUUUCACCAUACCAACAGGCAAAUCAUAUGAAGGCUUCUGCACCAUUGUCUUCAAGUCCGGGACCUUGUGCUGGUAACAGUGCAGCAUUGGGCCCUUCAAAAUUCACAUACAGGUCUCUCUUAGCAGAUAUCAUCCAGCCACAGGACUUGAAGGAGCUUUGCUCAGUUUUGGUGGUAUACUCUGGAGAAGCUGCCAAGAUGGUCACAGAAGAAAGAAAUGCUGCAGAAAAGCAGGCUGAAAAUCGUAGAAAAACAUCUUUUGUUUCAUCAACUCAGGACCGGUUAGAGGGUCAGAAGGUUUCUAAUGUUGAGGAAGCAGUGACAGAUGAUUGUUCAAGUGGGAACCAGGCUGAGAAAAUCGGAUUUGAUGAGUCCAGUACAGAUGGUGUUGAUGUAUCGAAAGGAAGGCCAAUGUCCCCAGGAACACUGGCCUUGAUGUGUGAUGAACAAGAUACAAUGUUUUCCAGUGCUGCUUCCCCUAAUGGGUUAAUGGGCCAUGGCUCUUUUCAGUUGCCAGAUGCGCAAGGCAUGACUGAAGCAUAUCCAGAGCAAGAGAGAGUUGUUUUGACAAAGAUACGUGAUUGUCUUAACAGACUCAUCACUUUAGGAGAAAUAAAAGAAAUGAAGUGUUCUUCACUGGCGCGAACUGAAUCAGGAGGUCAAAAAGACCCAGUCGCCAAUGGCGCCACAGCAAAUGCUAGGGCGUUUAGCAAUGGUGUUUCAAAAUCUGCCAUUCAACCUACUCCCAAAACAUCUCAGAUGGUGACUGCAGCUGCUUCUAAUAAUGAUGCGCCUUUGAAAACUUCCCCUCCUGCGGAAAAUGGGGAUCGAAUACCAAAGACGGAAACAGGGAUGUAAAGAGAUUUAGGACAAGACUCGGGUAAAUUUAUGCUUCUGCAACUUCGUAAUAGUAGGCAAUUGUUCAUUCGGCUUUUCUUCGAUGCAGCUGCAAUAUUAUACUUGGGCCUCAUUGUU